UUUUGACACAUCAGCUAGAAAUUAGCCAUCAUCGAAAAUAGCAGGAGAGAGUUUGCAGUGGCAUCGUAGUAGUUUUUCUCGGUCUGUUUAUUGCAAUUUGUCGCAAAUCGGUGCUUAAAAUAUUGAUCAAACGAUCAAAUGGAGAAUAAACUGGAAGCUAUCGGUAUUGCUGGUCACAAUUAGUAAUGUGAACGAUCAAAAAACUACGGCUAUUUGCUGACGGAAUUUGAAAACGGAUUUGGGAUCUGCUGCAAAAAAAAGAACACAAUCCUGGGCAUUUUUACCAGCUGUUCCUGCCAGGUCACCAUCGUAGAUAUCAACUACACCUGUGGCUAAAAAGAUGGCUCUCAAGAAGGUUAAAGGCAAUUUCGAGCGGAUGUUUGAUAAAAAUCUCACAGAUUUGGUCCGCGGAAUACGAAACAAUAAAGAUAAUGAGGCCAAAUACAUCGCCCAAUGUAUGGAGGAAAUUAAACAGGAACUCCGCCAGGACAAUGUUAACGUUAAAGCCAAUGCUGUGGCCAAAUUGACUUACCUUCAGAUGUGCGGUUAUGACAUAUCCUGGGCUGGUUUCAACAUCAUAGAGGUGAUGAGCUCAAACAGGUUUACCUGUAAAAGGAUAGGUUAUCUGGCCGCCAGCCAGUGCUUCCACCCGGAUAGCGAACUACUGAUGUUGACCACCAAUAUGGUCCGAAAAGACCUCAGCUCAACGAAUCAGUUCGAUGCGGGGGUUGCCCUGUCGGGGUUGAGUUGUUUCAUAUCGACCGACCUUUCAAGGGAUCUGGCAAACGAUAUAAUGACUUUGAUGAGUUCAACUCGACCGUAUCUACGCAUGAAAGCCGUCCUUAUGAUGUACAAAGUGUUCUUGCGCUAUCCGGAAGCACUCCGGCCGGCCUUCCCUAAGCUUAAGGAGAAAUUAGAGGAUCCAGAUCCGGGAGUGCAGUCUGCUGCAGUCAAUGUCAUUUGUGAGCUUGCCCGGAAGAAUCCGAAGAACUAUCUGUCGUUGGCACCAAUUUUUUUCAAGCUCAUGACUACAUCGACCAACAAUUGGAUGUUGAUAAAAAUUAUCAAACUGUUUGGUGCUUUGACUCCGCUAGAACCUCGUUUAGGCAAGAAACUCAUUGAACCGUUGACCAAUCUGAUCCAUAGCACAUCGGCUAUGAGUCUGCUUUAUGAAUGCAUCAACACCGUAAUUGCGGUACUGAUCAGCAUCAGCAGUGGUAUGCCCAACCAUAGUGCUUCCAUACAAUUGUGCGUCCAAAAAUUACGUAUACUGAUCGAAGACUCAGACCAAAAUUUGAAGUACCUCGGUCUGCUGGCAAUGUCAAAAAUUCUCAAGACUCAUCCAAAAAGUGUGCAAACACAUAAGGAUCUGAUUCUGGCCUGUCUCGAUGAUAAGGAUGAAUCAAUCAGAUUGCGGGCACUUGAUUUGUUGUAUGGCAUGGUAAGUAAGAAAAACCUCAUGGAAAUUGUUCGUCGAUUAUUGGGGCACAUGGAGCGCGCCGAAGGUUCUGCCUAUCGGGAUGAGUUGUUGUAUAAGGUUAUCGAGAUUUGCUCGCAAGGAUCGUAUCAAUACGUCACCAACUUUGAAUGGUAUCUCACAGUGUUGGUAGAACUUAUCCAGCUGGAAUCUGGUUCGAAACAUGGCAAAGUGAUUGCUAGCCAGCUAUUGGAUGUGGCAAUUCGUGUUCAGGCAGUUCGAACGUUUGCUGUAAACGAAAUGUCCGGUUUGCUUUCCACUUACCCGAUAUCUACUCAGAACAGUACUAUGCAUGAAGUGCUGUAUGCCGCGGCUUGGAUUGUGGGAGAAUUUGGCAGCCACUUGGACAAUCCUGAAGAAACUUUAGCUAUACUGGUUCAGCCCCGUCAGGUGCCAGGCCAUAUUCAAGCAGUCUACGUACAGAAUGCUGCUAAACUUUUCGCUAAUCUGGUGCAUGAUUGUCUCGAAGAAGAUAACUUUAACGAUAUAAGAAAAUAUUGUGAUUUGCUCUUGGAAGGUUUACCGAUAUAUCUUAGUUCCGGUGAUAUUGAAGUUCAGGAAAGAGCCAGUUCAGCCUUCAUGAUGGUCCAAUUACUGAAAAGUCGGCUUAACGGAACUGGUGUUAAUGGAACAACGACAGAUAUACUGACGGAUAUCAACAGUGAUGCUGUGAGCGGAAAUGAAGUUCUUGGAAAACCAUCCAUUCCACCUGAAGUGUCUGACCUGAUUCGCGAGUUCAAAGAACUCUUUGUGGGGGAUCUAAAUCCUGUUGCACCGAAAGCACAGCGAAAAGUUCAGCUUCCUGAAGGGCUGGACCUAGAUGAAUGGAUAAAUAGUCCUCCUACUGAGAGUAGCGAUUCGAGUGAAGAUGAAAAGUUCUCUUUGUUCGGGGGCAGCGGUACCUUAGAGGAGCGCGAAACCAACGGAGAACAUCGCACCUAUCGAAAGGUGGAACACACUGCCGAAGAGCUCGAAAAAAUCCGUGAGGCAAGAAUUUUGGAGCAAACAAACAAUCCGAACUAUCUGAAACCUACCAAAAAGAAAAGCUCUACAGACUUUUCAGCCGGUACUGCAGACAACUACGAAGAUAUUCCGAUUGCGGAAAUUGCACUCGAUGUGCCUCUUCAGAUACAUUCCAAAAGAUCUGACAAAUAUCUCAUGGAGCAGCAACAACUUCAAAAGUCGAGCAAAAGUAGCAAAAAAUCCAGCAAAAAAUCGAAACGUCAUAAGAAAUCUAACAAACACAGCUAUGUUGAAAGCGAAUCAGAUAGUGAUGAUCCGAAACCAUUGCAUGUGGUAAAUACCGUGGUAGAGAUACCGGAAGGAGCAAUUCUAUCCGAUACGGAAGAUAAAACCAAUGACGACCUGGAAGAUCCCCAUCGGGCAUUAGACAUUGAUUUGGAUGUUCCACUGGAAUACGAGGGCUCAAGGCAUCGUACGCAAAGCAUAACGCACAAUCAUUAUUAA